AAGGCGUAAUGAUAAUACAAAUUAUGUAAAUAAUGUCGAAAAUACUCUUAAUCAAAAUGACAUAGAUGAGGCUGAUAAUUAUAAUGAUAAUACAAAUAGUAUUAAUAUUGAAAGUGAUUAUGAUCAAAGUGAUAUAGAUAAAACCAAUAAUGCAGAUUCUUUUAGUGAUAACAAUAAUAAUAAUGUAUUAUCAUCACUAAAAAAUAUUCUUCAUUCUUCUCGAAAAUAUAAUAAUGUCAAAAAUGCUAAACACAAUGAACAAACCGCUGGCAUUUUGAAUGAAAAUG